GCAUUGUUUACCUCUGUUUCUGAAAGUAGGUCACAUACAAGUGACAGUUAGCGGGUGGCAGGAUCCGAUUGCUGUAACAAAAACACACGUUAUAGCGUUAUACUAAAUUCUUUAGGAAUAAAAGAUACUAACGAUUACGGUUGGAACCCUGAAACAGUGAUUGACAGGUGUAGAGGCCACUGGUAGGCAUGUCGAGGCGGAGCAGAAAUAGCAGAGCCUGGAGGUACGUGUGGAGCGGAAUCCGAAGGGAUGCAGAUGCGAGAGCUUUGGUUCUGGCCUCCGAAAGUGACGAGUGGGGUUACGAUCGCCAGCAGUAUAGUGAUUCAGAUUCAGAAGCUGAGUAUCCAGCCAUUGUGCCAGAGGUUCCGAGUGCAGUGCCCGUGACUGGAGAGUCAUACUGCAGUUGUGAUUCACAGAUGGAGCUCGGCUGUAACCCGCGACUCCGGGGUUACACUCACCUGCGGGACUGCCACUGUGGAGAAGAUGACCAAGAUUUCGACUGGGUGUGGGAUGAAGGCAUCCGGUCAUCUGCAACAGUGCUGAGCUGCGAGAACAGAAAAGUGAGCUUCCAUUCGGAAUAUAGCUGUGGGACAGCGGCCAUUCGUGGCUCCAAGGAUCUCUCGGAUGGACAGCAUUUCUGGGAGAUCAAAAUGACUUCUCCUGUCUACGGCACAGAUAUGAUGGUAGGUAUUGGCACAUCAGAUGUAAAUCUGGACAAAUAUAGACACACGUUCUGCAGCCUGCUGGGUAAAGAUGAAAACAGCUGGGGUCUGUCAUAUACAGGUCUGUUGCAUCAUAAUGGUGACAAAGUGAGCUUUUCAUCACGUUUCGGCCAGGGUUCUAUUAUUGGCGUUCACUUGGACACUUGGCACGGAACCCUCACCUUCUAUAAAAACCGCAAAUGCAUCGGUGUAGCAGCUACAGAGAUGAAAAACAAGCGUGUGUUUCCUAUGGCAUGUUCCACAGCUGCCAAAAGCAGUAUGAAGGUGAUUCGUUCUGUUUCGGCCCCCACCUCCCUUCAAUACCUUUGCUGCUCUCGUCUCCGCCAGCUCCUCCCCUCUGGAGUCGAUGCUCUUCGAGUUUUGCCCUUGCCACCUGGUCUUAGACAUCUUCUUCACUCCAAACUGGGAUGGGUGCUGAGUCUGGACCACACACACCUGCACACAAUCUCAAACACACAUACCCCUCCCGGGCCCUCCUCGGGUAGUGACUCUGAGGGCUGCUCCUCCGACCCAGAGGCCUGUCAACGGAAACGCUGCCGCUGGACCUGAGACUGUGCCCUCCUCAUACCCAUCCACCCAUCCUCUCAUUACACACACAUUUAAAAUAUUUCCUCAGAUGAAAAAAAUCUACAUGUAAACACUGGACCUGUGAUGUCUCCCAAAAAGGUGGAUAACUGAGUUUGCUGAGUAACUUUAAACAGAAUUCAAGGUCUGUUGAGCCAGUUUUACUAGUUGUAUUGCUGGUAACCUUUCAUUUAAGGUUCAAAAGGUAGCUUCCCCCUUAAGAUGACGUUUGGAUACAUAACAGUAUUCAGUCUUUUUUGUUUUCUAUUGUUCUAUUGUGAAGUCCCAAAUACACAAUGGAAUGACGAUGUUCAUCAGCUCCUUGGAUAACAAACAUGACCUUUGUGACUCUUAUGAUGUAGGGAAACAACAUGCCACCAUUUGAAAUGCAGGUAAAAACUGAUACACACUAAGGCAGAGAUCUAUUCAUACACAUAAACAAAACAUAUACCCUACAUUUUUCAAUUACCGGCAUCAUAUCACAUGGGGUAGAAGAACUCUGCAGAUGAGAUGUUUCAUAGGAUUCGUUAUAUCUUAAUAUUUGAAUUUCUUUAUCAAACAAUCAUCACUUGUGUUAUUAUUUUAUCAAUGAAUUCGAAGUUACUGGAAGUGAACAGCAGCGACAUCAAAAUGAAUACUGUCAGUAAAAUAUGUUUUUAAUAACAUAAAGUUUAGAAUGUGUGUACUUUAACCGUUUUUAUCUUUAGGAAUUAUUUUGGAUGCUAGUCAUUACUCAAGUAUGUAUGUCUUUGAACAGUAUUUGAAAAAUGCUGUUUUCCUGAAAAUAUUGAAAUGCAGUUAUCAAACUGACUGAAUUUAAUUCAGUUUUUAAUCUGUGCAACAAUUCUACAUGAGGUUCAUAUUGAAUUCACAUGGGGUUUUUAUUGCAGAUUUUGUAAUGCAUUGUAAAGAAAGUGAAACAUGCUUUCGUUAUGCAUAAAGCACUUUCUCGCUUAUUGUAUGUAAAGAAAUAUAUACAGCUCCCCAUACUGUGUCUUAUGCAUAUUGUAUGUCCUAAGUGCUAUCUCAUUGACUCUGUAUUAAUCUUUCUCUCUCUAUGCCCCCCAGUCUUCUCAUUCUUCUAAAUCAUACUUUAAGCAUGGCCUUUUAUAUUAAUUUAAAAAAAUGUUGAAAAUAUAUAUGCAUUAAAGGGGCUGGGUGUUUUUUUAUUCUUAAUAAAGAUUUUCAAAAAUG